AUGUUUUGCACGCUGAAGCGCUCCAAAGAAGCCGGCAUGGCAUACUCGGCAAAGGAGACCGAUCCUCCCUUUGCGAAGCCGAAAGGCCACUACGUUGCAGCGUGUACGAAUUGCAGAAAAAGCAAGGUAAAAUGCUCCGGCGAACCACUCGGGUGCCGACGGUGCGCGGGCAAAAAGCUGCAGUGCGGUUACCUCGCGGUCGGGGGACAUUCUGCGGGCUCUCCCACGCAGGACCAGUCUUUGCAAAGCGAACAAGACACAAGCCGCGACGCCAGUAAUGACGAAUUCUUUGUCGGAAGCAGUGAUGCUUCUGGCACGACUCACACUUUCCGAAGCCCCAGUCCGUCGAAAUCUGCCGCUGCAGGAUCUUUCUCUCUUCAAAAAGAUUACAGUGAAACUUUCUUGUCAACAUCCAACGACUUUUUUCUCCAUCACGGCUCGCAACUUUCCCCAACAGACAUCGUCGCUGUUGAAGCCGACUUUAGCAACUUCCUUAAUGAAAACAUACAACAGUUCACAGAGUACGAAGACGUAACGCAAUCGAACCAUCACCCGGCAAAUUGCUUCUUGCAGGCAUUGAAGGCAUUUGAAGCGACACAGGUGAACCUUGUCUGGGCUAGCGAUAGCCACUCCGCAGGUGCUGUCGAGAUUCUGAGCCAUUUGAAGCAGUCAGUCAAGGAUAGUGAAGCACUGCUCGAUUGCUACCUAUGUAUAGAAAACUCUGCAUACAUCAUGACGCUGAUAAGUAUGUGCAGCCGCAUGGCUGUGGUGCUGGAGGCCGUCUCUACCGAAUGCGAGGCCAAGCAGCGCGAUGCAGCGCUAGCAGCUAAGGCAAGACGGCCAAAACCGCUCGUUGACUAUGAUUGCGAUUGGAGAAUGAGAAAACAAUCACUGGAUGAAGAUGAUGAGCAUAUUAUCUUGACGAGUCUUCGCUCCUCAAGAACGAUUAAGGUGAAAGAACUAGUUAAUCGGGUCGAAACGCUAGUCAUGGCGCAAAGCUGGCCGGCUCACAGGGACAUGAUCAAAGAUAUCAGAGAUAAAUUGCACGCUCAAGUGGGUUGA